AUGUAUAUUGCUACUAUAAUCAGUGUUGAUAUACAACAACAGCAACAGAAACAACAACAACAACAAAAGAGAGAGAGAGAGAAAAGAGAUAAAGUAGAGAAUAACUUAUCAACUUCUUCUACUACUUCCUUCUUCUUCUUUUUUUUUUCCCUUUUAAAACACCCUCACACUCUCAUCAUCCAUCAUCCAUCAACCCCACUACUUUACUUGCUUAUGGAUCAUACAAAACUAGUCAUUUCAUGGUUACAUUCACUCAGUCAAGAUGAUCUAUGUCAAGUGCUGACCGACUAUAAUCAAGAUGAAUGUGAUAAGCUGCGUGCAAUGUAUACAAAGUACAAGAACCAUGGACUAUGUCUGUUUUUGCCGAUGGACGAUAGUUUUGGACCAAACUCCAACACAGAGAGUAAUGGUUUCCCAAAGUACUCGAGCGGCAGUAGUAGCAAGAACAACAAAACACAAAUCAAACAUUUGGAAUACAGACCAAGAACAUCUUUUGUUGAUAUUAUUCAACCUAUUAAAGAAGUUGAUGAAGCUGAACAAAGAAUAUUAAAUUUAAUUAGAUUCUGUAGAUCAACAUUGGAUUAUGAUACAUAUACAAUUGAAACAAAUCCAAUAACGACCAAACAACUAUUGGAAACAUUAUCGAUAUUGACACAAAAAUCAUUCCUUUCGGUGGUUUGCCAUCUCGUAUGGGAGUCUUCUGUGAAAGAGUUUCGCAGUGAGACACCAGGAUGGUUUACAUCCAAAGGCUACUUUUCCCUUGGCGAUUAUAUCGCCGUCUUGUUUGAAAAACUUAUUUGGACGAGGUAUUGUAAAGAACAACAUGUUGAUCCUCCAUCUUCUUCCUCGUCAACUACAACAACCAAUCCUUCUCCUUUAACCAAUUUGGUUAUUCCUCCUCCUUUAAUUACCUCCUCAUCAUCAUCGUUGACAAAUUUAAAUACAAAUCAUAAUGGGAUGAUUGGGUGUGGUUCAAUUGGUAAUAUAUCAUCUUUACUUGGAAAUGCUUUGUUGAAUGCUCAACAAACAACUUCUACUACUACUACUACUACUACAGCAGCGGCAGCAUCAGUUCCAUCAACAACAUCAACAACAUCUACAACAUCGACAACAACAACAACAACAACAAGUGGUUCGGGUGGACGCAGCCGAUCAUCAUCAUUGUCAUCAACCAAUACAUUUAAAAAGGAUCGUGGAGGUACUCUUCGAAUUUUAGAUCCAAGAAAAAAGGCUUUGAAAUACUUUUGGGAACAUCUAUCGAUUAUUGAACGUGAAAGAUAUGCUUCUGGUAAAUUGGGAAACAUCCUCUUGCAAUCUCUCAAAGAGGAAUCAAAAACUGAAAGUCAUUAUCAUGAACAACUUGAUAAACUGGUUCAAAUGUUAAAAUCUACAUUUGAUUUUCAAUCGAAUAAUAUUACUACCAAUAAUAAUAAUAAUAACAAUAAUAAUAAUAAUAAUAAUAAUAACUCAUCAGUAAAUACAACGCCAUCACCUACUAGUAGUAUAUUAAAAAAUAACAAAAAGGAUAAUAAUAAUAAUAAUAAUAAUGAUAAUGAUAAUGAAAUACUUGAUGAAAAUAAUAAUGAUAAUAAUAACUCAUCACCAAAUGUAAUUUCAACUACGUCUACAACAACAACAACAACAACAUCAUCAUUAUCAUCAUCAGCAAAUAAUCAUGUUAUUACAAAAAAGAAGACAAAGGAUUCGGGUGCUAGUAGUAGUAAAAGUUCAUUGUUUCUUGCCAAUUCAAUUGCCAGUACGAGUACGGGUAAUUUACAGUAUCCUCCAUCAUCAUCGUCGUCGACAUCAUCGACCACUACGACACCCACAACAACACCAUCCAUUUCACAAAUCAAGUCACUUAUUGAAGAGGCAUUGAUACGGCAUCCAGUUCGCUUUGUCGAGUUUUUAUUUUUUUCUCCUUUGGAUCGAGCUGGCUCUAUCAUUGACAACACCAUGCGACGUAUAGGCCGAGAGUUGCAGGAAUACUACACCAACAAGCUCUCGAUCGAUUUGAUCAGUCCAACCAACAGAGCCAGUGGAAAGAGCAGCAGCGGCGGUGGCGGUGGAUCAGCCGGCAGCACACCAGUCAAGAAAAAGAAAAAAAAGUUGAUGUCACACACAUCGCUGUCGUCGAGCAAAGACAGCAUCAGUAGUGGAAGCAGCAUACAAAAGGAUGGCGCUGGUAUUGGUAUUGGUAUUGGAGGAGUGAGUGGUGUCAUGAUUGGCGGUCAAUCAGAGUCCAAACAACAGACGGCACGAAAGAAAAAAAAGAAAAAGGAGAAAAAGACAAAGAUAAAAUCGUCGACUGUCGAAGACAACAUGUCAGAGGAGCCCGAUAUAGAGACCAUCCAGACACGUCCGAGAAGACAUUCACUGCCCAUGGAAGUGGAGUCAAUCAAGGGUACGGGUGCACCGAUCAUGAGCACGACCGAAGACGAAGACAGCAUCUACCACCAGUCCGAGGGUGACUUGGACUUUGAAUACUUUUCAACACCGUCUACCAACAUUAUCGAUCAAAUGAGUCGGAACAUAAGCAGCACCAGUAACGACAGAAUCAUCACCAAAGGUACCACCCCCAAAAAGACACCUCUUUCAACUUUGGAAUUACAGUCUAGUCACCAACAAAAGAAUCAUCAUCAUCAUCAUCAAUCCAAUGCAGAGAAUGAAGAGGAAACCAAUAUGAUGGCUAUAAAAUAUGACGAUGAUUCAGUAGAUUAUGAAAUAUCAAUUGAAGAUGAUGACGAUGAAAUGGAAUGCGGUGGUGAAGAUGAUCAAGAUGAACAACAACAACAACAACAACGACAAUCAUCAUCAUCAACAACAACAACAGCAGCAACAACAACAACAACAACAAGUCAGAAACAAGAAAAUGAAUUAAAAGAUGAAAAAGAUGAAGAUGAAGAUGAAGAAGAACAAAAUGAACAAGAGCAAGAGGAAGAGGAGGAGGAGGUAGAAGAGGAUAAAGGACAAGAAGAUCAUGGUAUAAUGAAAGAUCAAUUAUCAUUUAUUUCUACACCAUCCAUUGCAAAACCUCCUCAUCCUCCAUUAUCCAUUCAAGGUAAUACAGGAAUUGUAAAGACACUUUCCCGUAGCUUUGAAGGUCUUUCAACGCAAUCUGUAAAUAGUUCUAUUUCAUCUUUGUCAUCGUCGUCAUCUUCCUCGUCAUCAUCAUCAUCGAGUGAGAGUACAACGUCAAAUCCAACCACGACAUCUACUACACCCUCUGGUAAACCAUUACUCAAAUCUUCAUCAACACCCGAUGCAAAAUUACCUUCCUCCUCAUCACCCAAACUUGGAGUCAAUACUACCUAUGGGCAACACUACAAGAGUGUUGCAGCUGCUGGAUCCACCACCAGCUCCAGUACACAAUCAACUGCAACUUCCAAACCAGGACAUAAACCUGCACUCUUUGUUCAUAGCAAUCCACAACCAAAACAACCUGCUUCACAUCAUCAUCAUCAUCAAUCACAUAAAUCGUCAUCACCAUCCUCUUCUCUUCCACCUAUAGGUGCCUCAAAUCCAACCGCUAUUUUUAAUUUCAAGAAACCUUUUAUUUAUGGACAAUCAUCAUCUUUUUCUCAAAUGGUAAUUGGUUCAAUGAAUAAUAAUAAUAAUAUUAACAGUACUAGUACACAUGGUAAUCUUACUCCACAACAUCAACAACACCAAAAUCAAACAAAUAAUAUACCACCAAAAUUAAAAGUUAAAACUCAUUAUGGUUCAUCACCAUCCAAUGGUGAUUCAGAUUCUUCAAAACCAAACAAUCAACAGGAAGAAGAAGAUGAUGAAGAUGAACAACAACAACAACAACAACAAAAGAUACAACAACAAGAACAAAAUAAUGAAAUUGUCAAUGACAAUUCUGAAUUUGAAAGUAUACAAGAUCAAUUCAACCAACACAAUGAUGGACUCUCUAUCAUGGCAAUGUCUUCUACUACUACAAAUACUGUUGGUCAACAUAUCAGUACCACUGACCAAGAGGAAGAAGAUAAAUACAAGGAUUGGAGACACAACAAACUAUUUAAUCAAAUACAACUUUUCAAACAAUCAAACUCAUCACCAUUACAAGUUUAUUUGCAACCAUGGUAUGACCCACCAUUGCCAUAUCCACAUCCACUGUUUUCAAUCAAACUUCAUCAAGAGAUCUUGGACUUUGUAUCAGAUGUUGGUGAUCGUACCUAUCCACAUGUUCAAUCGUGUCAUCAUGUGAUUGCACUCAUCAAAGGAGUGGUAAAACGUCUAUGGCCAAAUGCAGAGAUUGAUAUCUAUGGCUCAUUCAUGACUGGUCUCUGGCUUCCCUCAAGUGACAUUGACAUCGUCGUAGACUAUAACAAAAACAUGGCUAUUCGUCCUAAAAAUGCUCAAUUUCUAUUAGAGGUUUUGGAAAAACAAAUUCGUCAUGAUUUAAAUAGUUUUAUUCUUACAAUGUUAUGUAUACCUUCUGCCAAAAUACCUGUUAUAAAAUUGGUAACAAAAGAAAAUAUAGCUGUAGAUAUAUCAUUUAGAGAAUCACCAACAUCACCACAUACAGGUAUAGCUGCAAGAGAUUUGGUUGCAGAUAAUGUUAAAAAAGUAAUUGGAUUGUAUCCGCUGGCAAUUGUUUUAAAAUGGUUUUUAAGAGAUCGAGGUUUAAAUAAUACUUAUAGCGGUGGAUUAAGUUCAUAUUGUUUAGUAUUAAUGUUGAUCAGUUUCUUGAAAAAUAAUGAACAUUGUCCAAAACAUUCAAAACAAAAUAAUCAAAAAGAUAAUCAAAAUAAUAACAAUCAAAAUAAUAAUCAAAAUAAUAAUAAUAAUAACCUGAAUAAUAAUAAUAAUAAUAAUAAUAAUAAUAAUAAUAAUAAUAAUAAUAAUCCAACAUUAAGUGCAAAACCUUGUAAAUGUGAUUAUGUAGAUCAAAUUUCAGGUUUGAAUAUUGGAUGUGCAUUGAUGCGAUUUUUAGAAUAUUAUGGAGUCAAUUUCAAUUAUGCAACAACAGGCAUUUCCAUUGAUGAAUCUCGUUAUACUUUUCCUCUUGAUGAAUUGGAUAAUCAACCCACCAGUACAACAACAACAUCAACAACUUUUACAUCUUCCUCCUCUACUACGUCAUCAACAACUACAGGAGCACCACGCGAUUUUUUUUUAUAUGUUAGUGAUCCAUUUGCACCAGGUAGAAAUGUAGCAGCAGGAUCAUUUAAUUUUGGACGUGUAAAGGCUGCAUUCCAAUACGCAUUUGUGUCUCUUAGCAAUGCCAGCAUGAAAGAGUCAUUUGAAAGAGAAUCCAUUUUGUCAAAGAUCAUGACUCCAGACAAAAAAUUUUAA